AUGAGUCGAUCAGAGCAGACCAAAGAGUAUCCAAUUGGAAAUAGUCUUGAUGGCUUUCGUACUACUUUUACUUCCUUAUGCAAAGGGACAAAGAUAUCUGCACCCUGCACUACUGAUACUCUAGGUCAAUUUGGCCGAGAAGAUCUUCAGAACCUCACUUUGCCUCUUCUCGUCGCUCUGCAAAGCCAUCCUAUCUCAGGCUUGCUUCCUUCAAUAAACGGACGUGGCCCCCUCCGGAGUGAUCUCCUCAGACUCAUCUCUGCCGUAACCUCCGACGACUUCGACCUCAGUCGCAUUAAACCACUCCUCAAAUCGGCCCUCUCUGACGAACCUGACGAUUCUUUGUGGCACCAAGUCCAACGCGCUGUCACUGAGCCCACUCCACCUCCCCGCCCGGUCGCGUCUUCUAUCUCUCAAACGCCGUGGCUGCGCAAUACCAGCAGCUUUCCGAACUCAUCCGAACACCGCAAAUAUGUUGAUGUUAUACUGAAGGAAGAGCUCGGCCCUAUGUAUGUCGGGAUUCCUAACUUCUGGGACACAUAUUUCAGCGGCGUCGCCGAUCUUGAGGUGGCGUCUGAGGCAUUUUUCAAACAGUGCCUUACGGGCACCAGCCUACGCUUUCAAGACGGGUGGACUGGAUGGCCUAUGGAAGCGAAGCAGGAUGAUGUCCUCGCUUGGUUUAUAGACUUCUGCGAGAGCCUCGCGGCAUUUGCAGAGAGCUGGACAAGCGUGCCACGUCAGCGGAAAAUAUUAGCAAUGCCUAAUAAGCCAAUCGAUAGCUCUAUAGGCAAACGCAAGAUGGAUAUUGGCAUCGUCAGCGACUCUCUAUCGCUGCAAAACAAAACGUGUCACUGGUCUCAGAUUCUGGUACCAGGAGAGCUGAAGAGCAAUCCAUCUGCCGACAAGCCUUCGGAGGCAUGGCUCGACCUUGGGAGGUAUGCGAGGGAAGUACUCGCCGCGCAAGAUGCUCGACGCUUCGUUCUGAGUUUUUCUAUCUGUGGGUCUUUAAUGAGAGUAUGGGUUUUCGACAGGGUCGGCGGUAUUGCAUUCGAGCAGUAUGAUAUCAAUGAAGACGGGUUUCGCUUCGUGUUUACAACACUCGGUUGUCUCUGGAUGAAAGAGGACGACCUUGGAUUUGAUCCAACAAUACUGACGGCAAAACAUGAGCGCUUUAUCGAGAUCAAGCGAAACGAUUCGAUGGAGCGGAUCUUCCUUGACGAAGUAAUGCUACGAGUGCGUUGUAUAGCCGGCCGGGCCACGACUUGUUGGAGAGCUCACCUGGACAAGAGUCCAGAGAUGCGGCUUGUUAUCAAAGACUCGUGGCAAUAUCCUGAAUGCGACGAAGAAGGCGACCUAUUGCGCGAGGUUAUGGACAAAGGCGUUAUCAACGUGGCUCGAUAUUAUCACCAUGAAACGGUUCAGGUUCGUCAGCUCGAUGAUGAUAUUCGGAACAAUGUUCGACAAGGUCUUGAUAUUGCCACAGCGACAAACUGGCUCGAACGUUCAGCACAUCAAAGCAGGCCAACAAGAUAUACGCCGCGGAGAAGCCGCACUAGCACAAGUACCAUUGGGAAGCGCCCAUCCAGCCAGACUGAUUCAUCUCUGCCUCCAAAUAAACGAUCCUGUUCAUCAUCUCCAACGAAGAUCACCAGCGUGCUACCAAACCGAAUACAUCGUCGCAUUGUUAUUCGGGAUUAUGGCAAACCCAUUUAUAUGGCAAGCUCUCGAUCAGCACUGCUUAGCGCUCUGGAAGGCUGUAUUAAAGGCCACGAGUCUUUGUACAAGGCAGGCAUUCUUCACCGAGACAUCUCUAUCAACAAUCUUAUGAUCAAUGAAGACAGGAGUAAUCCCUCCUGGCCUUCGUUCUUGAUUGAUCUUGACCUUGCUAUCAGGGAACCGCGAGGUAAUGCUUCGGGAGCAAAGGGAAAGACCGGCACAAGAGCUUUCAUGGCAAUCGGUGCUUUGCUUGGCGAGCAACAUUCGUUUAUGCACGAUCUCGAGUCAUUUUUCUGGGUGCUCUUCUGGAUUUGUAUUCAUUACGGCGCAGAAGGUCAACUUGUUGGGGCAGUUGGAUUUGAUGACUGGAAUUAUGACCAUGAUGAUAGACUGGUUGCGUCUAAGAAGGGGUUGAUUGAUGAUGAGGAGGAUUUCCUGCAACAGGCAGGGAAAAAUUUCUCCUCGUACUAUCAACCACUCAUUCCGUGGGUUAACAGGCUGCGGAGAAAGGUAUUUCCUAACGGAGGAAGGUGGAAGAGGCUAGAGCCGGAGCUCUAUUCCUCGAUGACUAUGAUUCUUCGUGAGGCCCGGGAGGAUGAGGAGCGCAGGGUGGCAGACAACGAGAACGAUAGCUAA